CCACGCACGCGACACAUACUGCCAGCUGAUACUGCACUGACUGACUGCAGAAGUCCGCUCCAUAUAGCCCGAUCCCGUGCGCUUUAACACAUCGUUAUCAUCCUCUUUAUAAACGAAGACAUGACGAAUGUGGAGUUCAGGGUAAUACAAGAAAAGUAUGCUUGACGUGGGAAAGUGGCCAGUGUUUGCUCUCCUGCCCCCAGAAGAGCUACGGCUCAUCCGUCAAGCCUGUGUGUUUGGCAAUGCUGCCAGUGAAGCCAUCUACGUUACAGUCAACGAUGAGGUGUUUGCACUGGGGACAAACUGCUAUGGCUGCCUGGGACUUGGAGACACACAGAGCACCAUUGAACCCAGGCGGAUCGACGUCUUAUGUGGCAAAAAAAUCAUCUCUUUGAGCUACGGCACAGGACCGCAUAUAGUCAUCACCACUGCAGAUGGAGAGGUUUAUGCCUGGGGUCACAAUGGCUACAGUCAGCUAGGAAACGGCACCACCAAUCACGGUCUGACCCCUGCCCUGGUGUCCACCAACCUUAUCAACAAGAGAGUAACAGAGGUGGCCUGCGGUUCUCACCAUACCAUAGCACUCACCACUGAUGGAGAGGUGUACGCCUGGGGCUAUAAUAACUCCGGACAGGUGGGCUCAGGCUCAACAGCCAACCAGCCCACCCCUCGCAGAGUCAGCAGCUGUCUGCAGAACAAGGUGGUAGUCAACAUUGCCUGUGGACAGCUCUGCUCCAUGGCAGUACUGGACAAUGGAGAGACUUAUGGUUGGGGUUAUAACUGCAAUGGACAGCUCGGUUUGGGCAACAACGGCAACCAGCAAACCCCUUGUCGAAUUGCUGCGUUACAGGGAAUAAACAUUGUACAGGUUGCAUGUGGCUACGCACACACACUGGCACUUACAGAUGAAGGAUUUGUUUACUCCUGGGGUGCAAACUCCUACGGACAGCUAGGUACAGGCAACAAGAGCAACCAGGCCGUGCCCACCCUAAUCAACAUUGACAAAGAGAGAAUGGUGGAGGUGGCUGCAUGUCACACUAGCCAUACGUCAGCAGCAAAGACACAAAGCGGUCAGGUGCUGAUGUGGGGUCAGUGUCGGGGUCAGGCCGUGGCAUACCCUCACCUCACACAUUUUACAAGCACAGAUGAUGUUUUCGCCUGCUUCGCUACGCCCGCUGUCACCUGGCAUCUUCUGUCUGUGGAUGGAGAUGACUAUCUGACUGUCGCCCAGUCACUAAAGCGUGAGUUCGACAGCCCAGAAAUCUCCGAUCUCAAGUUCCUGGUUGACGGGAAAUGCAUCCAUGUGCACAAAGCUCUACUUAAAAUCAGGUGUGAGCAUUUCCGGGCGUUGCUGAACGAGACAGAUGAAGAAAUCAUAGAGGUUAAUCAGUUCUCCUAUCUGGUGUACCGUGCCUUCUUGGAGUACCUGUAUACUGAUACCAUCAACCUCCCACCUGAGGAUGCUAUAGGUCUGUUGGAUUUGGCCACAUAUUACCGUGAAAGCCGUUUGAAGCGACUGUGUCAGGAGACCAUAAAGCGAGGCAUUACAGAAGAGAACGCUAUAACACUACUCUCAGCUGCUGUCAAAUAUGAGGCACAGGAUCUGGAGGAGUUCUGCUUCAAGUUUUGCGUUAACCAUCUGACGGCCGUCACGCAGACACAGGCAUUCGCCGACAUGGACCAUGACCUUCUGAAGAACUUUAUCAACAAAGCAAGUCGCCAUGGGGCCUUCAAAAACUGAGAGAGAUAACACAGAGGUCAAGGCUAUAGAGAGAAAUUCUGCACUAGCUAUUUAAGGCAUGUUACCUCAAUGCUUCAGUUUUGGAAAAGAUAAGCCACAUUUCUGUUAUUUAACGAUGAAGAUUUUGGCACUGGUUUUCAUCUGUGUUCCAGUUCUUGUAAAUGACACCAUGUGAAGCCCUCCAGAACGGAUGAAUUUAAAAACAGGCCUGAAGAUCAGGUGUCGUAUGUGUAAGGGAUUCAUAAACAAAAGGGAAAAACUCAUUUCAUGUAAAAAAAGAUGGCAGAUGACAGAAUUUAAUGUUGUCCGGAGUAGUGCUGACAUUUUUUCGCAUUAUAUUUACAGUAUUUGUGGUUUGGAAGAUUACAUUUAGCCAAACAGGUUGUCCAGUCCACAUAUUGUGUGCUUGACAGAUUUAUAGUAAAAUAGGCCAAAAGAAAAAUCUUCUUAGGCUUUCAAACAUGUAAACCUAUGUCAUAGAAUAACAUUUAAUUAUUUUCUAUUUUAUUCUGGCAUUUAAAGGACAUUUGUGGACCACAAAACCAGUUAUAAGUCGCCAUGGUAUAUUUGUAUUAUUAUAUGGGUCAAAAUUAUAAUUUUUUAUGCCAAAAAUUAUUAUAAUAUUAAGAUCAUGGUCCAUGAAGAUAUUUGUAAAAAUCCUACUGUAAAUAUAUAAAAAAUUUAUUUAUCAUUAGUAUGUGACGUUAAGGACGUCUCAAUAUUUUGAUUUUCUUUUUUUGCACCUUCAGAUUCUAGAUUUUCAAAUAGUUGUAUCUCAGCCAAAUAUUUUCCUAUACUAACAUUAAUGGAAAGCAUAUUUAUUUAGCUUACAGAUGAUCCCUUAUGACUGGUUUUGUGCUCCAGGGUCACAUUUAAAGGAAUUGUCCACCCAAAAAUUUAAGUUCUGUCACUAAAAAGCUAGUACAUGUGUGUUUCUAUAGGUAUAGUUUAUAAAAGACCAAAUUUAAGUCACUAUUCACUGAAAAACUUCUCUCAGUGAGAUUUUGUAAAGAUUUUACUUUUAUGAGAAAGACACGAUCAUGUUAAAUUGUAUAGAAUAGGGCUGCACGAUAAAUCGCACGGGAUUGGCACGCACAUCUCGUCAGUAAAGUCGGUCAUUUAUUACAAAUCAAGGAAUCAGCUUUACUGACGAGAUGCGUGUGACAAUCGCGUGCGAUUUAUCGUGCAGCCCUAGUAUAGAAAUAGCUUUGAGACCAAUCUUUUUUGCAUUCCAUGUAAUAAUGAUAUUGUUUGUGAAUAAUGUAAUAAUAAUAAUAAUAAUAAGCUUUAUUGGUAACACUUUACUUGAACGGGUGUUCAUAAGACUGACAUGACACCUUCAUAAUCAUUUUGCACAUUUAUGACAACUGUCAUUAAGUAUAAUUCGUUCAGUUAUGUAAUUUUUUAUGACAACUUGACAUAAACCAAUACAUUGUAACUUGUCAUAAAUCUGUCAUAAACAUGACAUAGCAGAAUAAUGAUCAAAGUAGGGAUGCACCGAUACCACUUUUUUGGAAUACGAGUAUGAGUACGAGUACUUGCAUUUCAGUACUUGCCGAUACCGAUACCGAGUACUUAAUAAAAAAACACGAUUUAAAUUUACAGGUAACAGCUUUAGUCAUAUAAUUUAACAAAAAAACAAAGGACUAGUUUUCCAGUUUGUUGUAAACUCUGCCUCUUUGGACAACACAAGAGUCAUUAACCCCUUACACACCGCUCAAACAUAGACAUUUCUCAGACUGUGGUAUCGAUUCCAGGUAUCGGGGGACUUUUAACGAGUACGAGUACUUUAGAAAAUGUGGUAUCGAGGCCGAUACCCGAUACCAGUAUCGGUAUCGGUGCAUCCCUAGAUCAAACUUAAGAAACUACUUAGCUUUAUGGGUUAACAUUACAUUAAACUGCAAUUUACAUUUCAUUAAGUAUUAAUAGAUUUGAAAUACCUUAACAAAAUGCCACAGACAUAAAAAUAUACAACUAACAGAAAUUUUCUGAAAUAGAAGAAAAAACAUUUAAUUAAUUGAAUUAAUUAAUUUAUUGUAAUUAACUGUUUUUCCAGCAAUAUUAUGGACCCUACACUGCAUGGCUUAACCCAUCAUUGUAAUGUUUUAAUUUAAUUUUAGGUGAAUCAGUCUCCAAAUGCAAUAAAAUUUACUUUUAUCAAUUUUAAUUAUUAUUAUUAUUAUUAUUACUAUUAUUAAAUGAUUCAUUUUAUUUGUUAAACACAUGGAGGAUUCUUAAAAACUAAAUAAUAUUAAUGACGGUGUUGUAAAACUAUUUGAAAGAGUAUUAACUCUUAAUGACAAAUUAUAUUUUUAUUUUUAGUUGAGGUCAAGAAAAAUAUUUAUGAUGCUGUUAUAAAAUUAUAUGACAGAGUAUUAACACUUAAUGACAUUUUAAUGUCAAAUUCAAUUUGUAUCAUUGGUAAAAAGUAGUCAGUUAUGUUGCCUUGUUAAAUCAAGUCGUCGUGACAAGUUAUGAUGUAUUGGUUAAUGUCAAGUUGUCAUAACAAAGACAUCUCAAACAAUGUCAUCUUUGCAUUAAAAAUGACAUAACUGAAUGAAUGACACUUAAUGACAGUUGUCAUAAACGUGCGUUAAAUUUCCUUCAAGUUCAUGACAUGUGUUAUUAUGACUAUGAGGGUGUUAUGUCAAUCUUAUGAACACCCUUUCGAGUAAAGUGUUACUGCUUUAUUUUAUAUAGCGACUUUCGAUGCUAUUUCUCAAAGCGUUUACAUGUAAGAACCAAGAUGAAAAAUAACAGUAAAUACAAUAAUACCCAAAGCAAAAAAGCAACAACAAAAUAAUGAUAUGAAGGUCAUAUUGUUUCAUUUUUGGGUGAAUUAUUCUUUUAAGUACUAAUAUGUCAUGUUAGAGCAGUACUGUAUAUCAUGAUUUUAAAUAUAUUUAACAAAAACUAAUGUUUUUUUACUGACAGUUAUGUUACAUUUGAUUCAUGUAAAAUAUGUCUGUUUAGUAGUAUUGUUAUUAUUUUAAAUAUGUUAAAACUUAAUAUAUAUGUUUUUGUCAUGUCAUAUUUUAACAAGCACUAACAUGAGUGUUCGCUGUGCCAUUGUUACUGCGGACUGUUCAGUUGACAAAUGGUGCCGUCUGGUGGUGUUGACUGAUAUUUUUAUGUACUUUAAGAGAUUGAUUGACAUUGACAGAUGAUGGGUUGAUCUCAUAAAGCUUGUUAAGAACA